AGAGCCGGCUCUGCCUCGGGGAAGGAGGGGAUGAGAGUUGGGGAGAGCAGCGGGAGGAGGAGGAGGAGGAGGCGGCGGCUAGCGAGGAGCCAGCGCUGGGUCCUGCAGUAGGACUCCCAGGAGCCACCAUCAUGGUGAAGAGGAAGAGCUCCGAAGGCCAGGAGCAGGACAGCGGCCGCGGCAUCCCCCUGCCCAUCCAGACCUUCCUGUGGCGGCAAACCAGUGCAUUUUUGAGGCCUAAACUGGGGAAACAAUAUGAAGCCUCAUGUGUGUCCUUUGAACGAGUGUUGGUAGAGAAUAAACUGCAUGGCCUUUCUCCAGCCCUCUCUGAAGCCAUCCAGAGCAUUUCCAGAUGGGAGCUGGUACAAGCUGCUUUGCCUCACGUCCUCCACUGCACUGCAACCCUGCUUUCGAACAGGAACAAGUUAGGCCACCAGGAUAAACUCGGUGUUGCUGAAACAAAGCUCCUUCACACCCUGCACUGGAUGCUCCUGGAGGCCCCCCAGGACUGCAACAGUGAGCGGUUUGGGGGCACAGACCGUGGCUCCAGCUGGGGUGGCAGCAGCAGUGCUUUCAUCCACCAGGUAGAAAACCAGGGUUCCCCUGGGCAGCCUUGCCAAAGCAGCUCCAAUGAUGAAGAAGAGAACAACCGAAGGAAGAUCUUCCAGAACUCCAUGGCUACUGUGGAGCUCUUUGUGUUUCUGUUUGCUCCUCUGGUACACAGGAUCAAGGAAUCGGACCUUACGUUCCGACUGGCCAGCGGGCUUGUUAUAUGGCAGCCCAUGUGGGAGCACAGACAGCCCGAAGUCUCUGGCUUCACAGCACUGGUGAAACCCAUCAGGAACAUCAUUACAGCUAAGAGAAGCUCUCCUAUCAACAGUCAAAGUCAAACCUGUGAAUCACCAAAUCAAGACACAAGCCAUCAAGAGGGAUUCCAGGUGGUCUGUGAAACAUUCCAGUCAGAUCCCAUCUCUCCCAAGGCCACCAUUUCAGGCUGCCACCGUGGAAACUCCUUUGAUGGAAGCCUGUCCUCCCAAACUUCCCAGGAAAGAGGCCCAUCACAUUCCAGAACCUCUCUCGUGAUACCUCCAUGCCAAAGGUCCCGCUAUGCCACCUACUUUGACGUUGCUGUUCUUCGCUGCCUACUCCAGCCUCAUUGGUCUGAGGAAGGUACUCAGUGGUCUCUGAUGUACUAUCUACAAAGGCUGCGGCACAUGUUGGAAGAGAAGCCAGAAAAGCCCCCAGAACCAGAUAUUCCUCUCCUGCCCAGACCCAGGAGCAGCUCGAUGGUAGCAGCAGCUCCCUCACUAGUGAACACCCACAAAACCCAAGAUCUCACCAUGAAGUGUAAUGAAGAGGAAAAAUCUCUUAGCCCUGAGGCAUUUUCUAAGGUUUCAUUGACUAAUUUACGUAGAUCUGCAGUUCCAGAUCUUUCUUCAGACCUUGGCAUGAACAUUUUUAAGAAGUUCAAGAGCCGCAAAGAAGACCGAGAGAGGAAAGGCUCCAUCCCAUUCCACCACACAGGAAAGAGGAGGCCUCGAAGAAUGGGAGUGCCAUUCCUGCUUCAUGAAGACCACUUGGAUGUGUUCCCCACCCGAAGCACAUUCUCCUUCGGAAGUUUCCCUGGGCUUGGAGAAGACAGGCGAGGCAUUGAAAAAGGAGGCUGGCAAACCACCAUUUUAGGGAAAUUUACCCGGCGGGGCAGUUCGGAUGCAGCCACGGAGAUGGAGAGCCUGAGUGCCAGGCACUCACACUCCCAUCACACCCUGGUGAGUGACCAGCCAGAUCACUCCAACAGCCAUGGAGAAAACACUGUCAAGGAAGUGCAAUCCCAGAUCUCCACUAUUACAGUUGCAACCUUCAAUACCACAUUGGCAUCAUUCAACGUAGGCUAUGCAGACUUUUUCAGUGAGCAUAUGAGGAAGCUCUGCAACCAGGUGCCUAUCCCAGAGAUGCCACAUGAACCCUUGGCAUGUGCAAACCUGCCUCGAAGCCUCACAGACUCCUGCAUAAACUACAGCUACUUAGAGGACACGGAACAUAUCGAUGGGACCAAUAACUUUGUCCACAAGAAUGGCAUGCUUGAUCUUUCUGUUGUUCUGAAGGCUGUUUAUCUUGUCCUUAACCAUGACAUCAGUUCUCGUAUCUGUGAUGUGGCACUAAACAUUGUGGAAUGCUUGCUUCAGCUUGGUGUGGUGCCUUGUGUAGAAAAGAACAGAAAGAAGAGUGAAAACAAGGAAAAUGAGGCUAUGGAAAAAAGAGCAAGUGAGGGAACUUUCCAGUUCAAAGGAGUAUCUGGAAGUUCACCCUGUGGAUUCGGGGGCCCUUCGGUUAGUGGAGCUGGAGAUGGUGGAGGAGAAGAAGGAGGAGGUGGAGGCGGAAGAGGUGAUGGAGGUGAUGGAGGUGAUGGAGGAGGAGGUGGAGGAGGUGGAGGUGGACCUUAUGAGAAGAAUGAGAAGAACCAAGAGAAGGAUGAAAGUACACCUGUAAGCAACCAUAGGCUUGCUCUGACCAUGCUCAUCAAAAUAGUGAAGUCUUUGGGAUGUGCCUAUGGUUGCGGAGAAGGACAUCGAGGGCUCUCUGGAGAUCGUCUGAGACACCAGGUAUUCCGGGAGAAUGCCCAGAACUGCCUCACUAAGCUAUACAAGCUAGAUAAGAUGCAAUUCCGACAAACCAUGAGGGACUAUGUGAACAAGGACUCUCUCAAUAAUGUAGUGGACUUCUUGCAUGCUUUGCUAGGAUUUUGUAUGGAGCCAGUCACUGACAACAAGGCUGGGUUUGGAAAUAACUUCACCACGGUGGACAACAAAUCCACAGCCCAAAAUGUGGAAGGCAUCAUCGUCAGCGCCAUGUUUAAAUCUCUUAUCACCCGUUGCGCUUCAACUACACAUGAAUUGCACAGCCCUGAGAAUCUGGGGCUGUAUUGUGAUAUCCGUCAGCUGGUCCAAUUUAUCAAAGAGGCUCAUGGGAAUGUCUUCAGGAGAGUGGCCCUCAGCGCUUUGCUUGACAGUGCUGAGAAGUUGGCACCAGGGAAAAAGCUGGAGGAGAAUGAAUCUGAAUCUAAGACUGCAGGCAGUAAAAGGUCAGAGGCGGGGAGCAUUGUGGAGAAAGGCCAGGUGUCCUCUGCCCCUGAGGAAUGUCGCAGCUUCAUGUCUGGUCGCCCCUCACAGACUCCAGAGCACGAUGAACAAAUGCAAGGGGGCAACCUGGGGCGGAAAGAUUUCUGGCGCAAGAUGUUCAAAUCCCAGAGUGCAGCUAGUGACACCAGCAGCCAAUCUGAGCAGGAUACUUCAGAAUGCACCACUGCCCAUUCCGGGACCACCUCUGACCGUCGCGCCCGCUCACGGUCCCGCAGAAUUUCCCUCCGGAAGAAGCUUAAACUCCCCAUAGGAAACUGGCUGAAACGGUCCUCCCUCUCGGGCCUGGCAGAUGGCGUGGAGGACCUUCUGGACAUCAGCUCUGUGGACCGCCUGUCUUUCAUCAGGCAAAGCUCCAAGGUCAAAUUUACCAGUGCAGUGAAGCUUUCUGAAGGUGGGCCAGGGAGUGGAAUGGAAAAUGGAAGAGAUGAAGAGGAGAAUUUCUUCAAACGUCUUGGUUGCCACAGCUUUGAUGACCAUCUGUCUUCCAACCAAGAUGGUGGAAAAAGCAAAAACGUGGUGAAUCUUGGAGCAAUCCGACAAGGAAUGAAGCGCUUUCAAUUUCUGUUAAACUGCUGUGAGCCAGGGACAAUUCCUGAUGCAUCCAUCCUGGCAGCUGCUUUGGAUCUUGAAGCUCCUGUGGUAGCCAGAGCAGCUCUGUUUCUGGAAUGUGCCCGUUUUGUUCACCGCUGCAACCGCGGCAACUGGCCAGAGUGGAUGAAAGGGCAUCAUGUGAAUAUCACGAAGAAAGGCCUUUCCAGGGGACGCUCUCCCAUUGUGGGCAACAAACGGAACCAGAAGCUACAGUGGAAUGCUGCCAAGCUGUUCUACCAAUGGGGAGACGCAAUUGGCAUCCGGUUGAAUGAGCUGUGCCAUGGGGAAAGUGAAAGCCCCGCCAACCUUCUGGGUCUCAUUUAUGAUGAGGAAACCAAGAGGAGACUGAGAAAGGAGGAUGAGGAGGAAGACUUUUUAGAUGACAGUACUGUGAACCCCUCUAAAUGUGGCUGCCCCUUUGCCUUGAAGAUGGCGGCGUGCCAGCUUCUCCUGGAGAUUACCACCUUCCUUCGAGAAACCUUUUCUUGCCUGCCCAGACCACGCACUGAGCCUCUGGUGGACUUAGAGAGCUGCAGACUUCGUUUGGAUCCUGAGUUGGACCGGCACAGAUAUGAGAGGAAGAUCAGCUUUGCUGGGGUCCUGGAUGAAAAUGAAGACUCAAAAGAUUCCCUCCACAGUAGUAGCCACACCCUCAAAUCAGAUGCAGGUGCCGAGGAGAAGAAAGUUCCCAGCAGGAAGAUCAGGAUAGGAGGUUCCCGCCUGCUCCAGAUUAAAGGAACCCGCAGUUUCCAGGUGAAGAAGGGGGGUUCCUUGUCCAGCAUUCGCCGAGUCGGCAGCUUAAAGAGCAGCAAGUUAUCACGGCAGGACUCAGAGUCCGAGGCUCAGGAGCUGCAGCUGUCCCAGAGCAGGGACACUGUCACUGACCUAGAAGGGAGUCCUUGGAGUGCAAGUGAGCCCAGCAUCGAGCCAGAGGGAAUGAGUACUGCUGGCACAGAGGAAAAUUACCACAGGAGCAUGUCAUGGCUUCACGUCAUGAUCUUGCUGUGCAAUCAGCAAAGCUUCAUCUGCACCCAUGUUGACUACUGCCACCCUCACUGCUACCUGCACCACAGCCGCUCCUGUGCCCGGCUGGUCAGGGCCAUCAAGCUGCUCUAUGGAGACACUGUGGACUCCCUCCGGGAGAGUAACAACAUCAGCAAUGUGGCUCUCCGGGGCAAGAGACAGAAAGAGUGCUCAGAGAAGUCAUGCCUGAGGACACCUUCUCUGAAGAAGAGAGUUUCUGAUGCCAACCUGGAAGGGAAAAAGGACUCUGGAAUGCUGAAAUACAUCAGACUGCAGGUGAUGAGCCUGUCUCCUGCCCCUUUAUCUCUGCUAAUCAAGGCAGCACCGAUUCUGACAGAGGAGAUGUACGGAGACAUCCAGCCAGCUGCCUGGGAGCUUCUGCUCAGCAUGGAUGAGCACAUGGCAGGGGCGGCAGCUGCCAUGUUCCUGCUGUGUGCGGUGAAAGUCCCUGAGGCUGUGUCUGACAUGUUGAUGUCAGAGUUCCACCACCCAGAGACUGUACAGAGGCUGAAUGCUGUUCUCAAGUUCCACACACUCUGGAGGUUUCGCUACCAGGUCUGGCCCCGGAUGGAGGAAGGAGCACAGCAGAUUUUUAAGAUCCCACCUCCCAGUAUAAACUUCACCCUGCCCUCGCCAGUGCUUGGAAUGCCAUCCGUCCCAAUGUUUGACCCCCCAUGGGUCCCUCAGUGCAGCGGGAGUGUCCAGGACCCCAUUAAUGAAGACCAGUCUAAAUCCUUUUCAGCCCGUGCUGUGUCCCGCUCCCAUCAGAGAGCAGAACACAUCUUAAAGAACUUGCAACAGGAGGAAGAGAAGAAACGUCUUGGUAGAGAAGCCAGCCUCAUCACCGCCAUCCCCAUCACCCAGGAGGCUUGCUAUGAACCCACCUGCACACCCAACUCAGAACCAGAAGAAGAAGUAGAAGAAGUCACCAAUCUGGCAUCCCGUCGACUGUCUGUGAGUCCAUCCUGUACCUCCAGCACUUCCCAUAGGAAUUAUUCCUUCCGCCGAGGGUCAGUCUGGUCUGUGCGUUCAGCUGUCAGUGCCGAAGAUGAGGAGCACACUACUGAACACACACCAAACCACCAUGUGCCUCAGCCCCCCCAAGCAGUGUUCCCAGCAUGCAUCUGUGCAGCCGUGCUGCCCAUUGUUCAUCUAAUGGAGGAUGGUGAGGUGCGGGAAGAUGGCGUAGCAGUGAGUGCUGUGGCCCAACAAGUCUUAUGGAAUUGUCUAAUUGAAGAUCCAUCGACAGUUCUUCGACAUUUUCUGGAAAAACUGACCAUCAGCAAUAGACAAGAUGAGUUAAUGUACAUGCUGCGCAAACUUCUCUUAAAUAUUGGAGACUUUCCUGCCCAGACAUCUCACAUCCUAUUCAACUACUUGGUGGGAUUAAUCAUGUACUUUGUGCGGACCCCCUGCGAGUGGGGGAUGGAUGCCAUUUCAGCCACUCUGACUUUCCUGUGGGAGGUGGUGGGCUACGUGGAGGGCCUCUUCUUCAAGGAUCUGAAGCAGACCAUGAAGAAGGAACAGUGUGAGGUAAAGCUCCUGGUGACUGCUUCCAUGCCAGGUACCAAAACCUUGGUAGUUCAUGGACAGAAUGAGUGUGAUAUCCCAACCCAGUUACCAGUCCAUGAGGACACUCAGUUUGAAGCCCUGCUAAAGGAGUGUCUGGAGUUUUUUAAUAUCCCAGAAUCUCAGUCAACACAUUAUUUUCUCAUGGAUAAACGGUGGAAUCUUAUCCACUACAAUAAGACCUAUGUUCGGGAUAUUUAUCCUUUUCGGAGGUCAGUAUCUCCACAGCUGAAUCUUGUACAUAUGCAUCCAGAGAAAGGACAGGAGCUCAUUCAGAAACAGGUGUUCACUCGGAAGCUGGAGGAAGUUGGGCGGGUUUUGUUUCUCAUCUCCCUGACCCAGAAGAUCCCCACAGCCCACAAGCAGUCUCACGUCUCCAUGCUCCAGGAAGACCUCCUCCGGCUACCCUCAUUCCCCCGAAGUGCUAUUGACGCUGAGUUUUCACUCUUCAGUGAUCCACAAGCUGGGAAGGAGCUGUUUGGCCUCGACACUCUUCAGAAAAGCUUGUGGAUCCAGCUCCUGGAGGAGAUGUUCCUGGGCAUGCCAAGCGAGUUUCCCUGGGGAGAUGAAAUCAUGCUCUUCCUCAACGUUUUCAAUGGGGCUCUGAUCCUCCACCCAGAAGACAGUGCCCUGCUCAGGCAGUACGCUGCCACCGUCAUCAACAGCGCUGUGCACUUCAAUCACCUUUUCUCUCUCAGUGGCUACCAGUGGAUUCUGCCCACCAUGCUGCAGGUAUACUCUGACUAUGAAAGCAAUCCCCAGCUGCGUCAAGCCAUCGAAUUUGCCUGCCACCAGUUCUACAUUCUACACCGGAAGCCAUUUGUGCUCCAGCUGUUUGCUAGUGUGGCCCCUCUCCUGGAGUUUCCGGAUGUGGCCAAUAAUGGGCCCAGCAAAGGUGUGUCAGCUCAGUGCCUGUUCGACCUGCUGCAGUCCCUGGAGGGCGAGACCACUGACAUAUUAGACAUCUUAGAGCUGGUCAAAGCUGAGAAGCCUCUUAAGUCGUUAGAUUUCUGCUAUGGAAAUGAAGACCUGACCUUCUCUAUAAGUGAGGCCAUUAAGCUGUGUGUUACUGUGGUGGCAUACGCUCCUGAGUCAUUCAGAAGUCUCCAGAUGCUGAUGGUCUUGGAAGCUCUGGUCCCCUGUUACCUACAAAAGCUAAAGAGGCAGACGUCACAAGUGGAGACGGUGCCUGCUGCCCGAGAAGAGAUCGCGGCCACGGCUGCUCUCGCGACAUCCCUGCAGGCCCUCUUGUACAGUGUAGAGGUCCUCACCAGGCCCAUGACAGCCCCACAGAUGAGCAGGUGUGACCAAGGUCAUAAAGGAACCACCACAGCCAAUCACACCAUGUCGUCCGGGGUGAACACCAGGUACCAGGAACAAGGAGCCAAACUGCACUUUAUCAGGGAAAACCUUCACUUACUUGAGGAAGGGCAAGGCCUUCCCAGGGAGGAACUGGAUGAACGAAUUGCUCGGGAGGAGUUUAGAAGACCUCGGGAGUCCCUGCUGAAUAUUUGUACUGAAUUUUAUAAGCACUGUGGGCCAAGACUGAAGAUCUUGCAAAACCUGGCUGGGGAGCCACGGGUUACUGCCCUGGAGUUGCUGGAUGUGAAGUCACACAUGAGGUUGGCAGAAAUUGCACACUCCCUUCUGAAGCUGGCACCAUACGACACCCAGACAAUGGAGAGCCGUGGGCUUCGGCGCUACAUCAUGGAGAUGCUACCCAUUACCGAUUGGACAGCCGAGGCAGUGAGGCCAGCCCUUAUCCUCAUUUUAAAGAGACUGGAUAGAAUGUUCAACAAAAUUCAUAAGAUGCCUACUUUGAGGCGACAGGUUGAGUGGGAGCCUGCCAGCAAUUUGAUUGAAGGGGUUUGUUUGACACUUCAGAGGCAGCCAAUCAUAUCCUUCCUGCCUCACCUUAGGUCACUGAUCAAUGUCUGUGUCAAUCUGGUGAUGGGAGUGGUAGGACCUUCCAGUGUUGCUGAUGGAUUACCCCUUCUUCAUCUCAGCCCUUAUCUCUCACCACCUCUGCCCUUCAGCACAGCUGUUGUCCGGCUUGUAGCAUUGCAGAUACAGGCUUUAAAAGAAGAUUUUCCUUUAAGCCAUGUGAUCUCCCCAUUCACCAAUCAAGAGCGAAGGGAGGGGAUGCUUUUAAAUCUACUCAUCCCAUUUGUGCUCACAGUAGGAUCUGGAAGCAAAGAUAGCCCGUGGCUGGAACAGCCCGAGGUACAGCUGCUCCUGCAGACAGUCAUUAAUGUGCUCCUGCCACCACGGAUCAUCAGCACGUCCAGGAGCAAGAACUUCAUGUUGGAGAGCUCCCCUGCCCACUGCUCCACCCCUGGGGAUGCCAGCAAAGACUUGCGCAGGGAAGGGUUGGCAGAGUCCACAAGCCAAGCAGCAUACUUGGCGCUGAAGGUGAUUCUCGUCUGCUUUGAGAGGCAGCUGGGAAGCCAGUGGUACUGGCUGAGCCUCCAGGUGAAGGAGAUGGCCCUGCGGAAGGUGGGAGGCCUGGCCCUGUGGGACUUCCUCGACUUCAUCGUGCGGACCCGAAUACCCAUCUUCGUGCUCUUACGCCCUUUCAUCCAGUGCAAGCUUCUGGCCCAACCAGCAGAGAAUCAUGAAGAGCUUUCUGCCCGGCAACAUAUUGCUGACCAGCUGGAGCGGCGCUUCAUCCCACGCCCUCUGUGUAAAAGCUCCCUUAUUGCUGAAUUCAACAGUGAACUAAAAAUUCUAAAAGAGGCAGUUCACAGUGGCUCAGCUUACCAAGGGAAGACGUCCAUCAGUACUGUGGGCACCUCCACCUCCGCUUACCGCCUGAGCCUGGCCACCAUGUCCCGCUCCAACACGGGCACAGGCACUGUCUGGGAGCAGGACAGUGAACCCUCCCAGCAGGCUUCGCAGGACACCCUGAGUAGGACUGAUGAGGAAGAUGAGGAAAAUGACUCUGUAAGCAUGCCCAGUGUGGUAAGUGAACAAGAAGCUUACCUCUUGAGUGCUAUCGGAAGGAGGCGGUUCUCCAGCCACGUCUCUAGCAUGUCUGCACCUCAGGCCGAGGUGGGCAUGUUACCCAGCCAAAGUGAACCUAAUGUCCUCGAUGACUCCCAGGGCCUGGCCGCCGAGGGCAGCCUCUCUAGGGUGGCAAGUGUCCAGAGUGAGCCUGGCCAACAGAACCUCCUCAUUCAGCAGCCACUGGGGAGGAAGAGGGGCCUGAGGCAGCUAAGACGUCCUCUACUAUCACGUCAGAAGACCCAGACAGAACCCAAAAACCGCCAUGGGGCUCGGCUGUCAACCACCCGCAGGAGCAUUCAACCUAAAACGAAGCCAUCUGCGGAUCAGAAACGUUCUGUGACCUUCAUUGAGGCUCAGCCAGAGCCAGCAGCUUCCCCAACAGAAACACUUCCUGCUAUAGGCCAGCCACAAGGCUGCAGCCCAGCUCCAUCUAGGAAACCAGAAGGAAUGGACAAACCAGUCCUCACGUCUUCCCCUGCCAUUGUGGUUGCUGAUCUUCACAGCCUGUCUCCCAAGCAGAGUGAGACCCUCCCUGCUGAAGAAGGAGAAAAGAAGGAGGACACAGAAGUGCAAGGUGCUACAGCACACAGCCCCCUCUCUACGCAACUCUCAGACCCUGAUGAAUUCACAGGCCUUGAGACAUCCAUCCUCCUACAGCACGGAGACACCGUCCUUCACAUCAGUGAGGAAAAUGGCAUGGAGAACCCCCUGCUGUCCAGCCAGUUCACUUUUACGCCCACUGAGCUGGGGGAGACUGAUGUAGACCUAGAUGAGUCUCAUGUUUAAUUCUGGAUCUUGUAAGAGUGGCAGGUGUAGACGAGAUGUAGGAGGGAUCGCUUUGCUCAAAGGUGACUACUUUUGCUCGGAAAAGAUGAAGACACAGCACUUUACAUCCAACGGGUGACACAAAUCUCAGUAGAUUUUGCUGCUAAUGCGCACAUUGUUUCAUAAACACCUUUAAAAAAUCAAUGGCUAAGAGAAUUUGGUUGUGUGAAGACAUAAAAACCAGGGAAGAAUAAGAGGAAAGAGCCAUUUCACUGCACAUUGUUUAUGAUUCAAAAAGCCUUGAGCAGUUAAAAAUAUAUACUAUUAUGGAGCUGCUUACCUAGGAAUAUUAACAAAUAAUAUGUUCUAAAAAGAGAAUGCAAUUUUUGAGAUUACUCACAUUAUACAUCUCAUGCAAAUGUUUAUUUUUAUAGUUUCAAAAAUAUUAAAUCAGGUGG